AUGUUAUAGACUAAUAAUUUCACAUAUAAACUGCACUACACUAUUGUGUUAAAGCAGCCACUGUUACUAUAUAGUAUAUACAAUAAUAUUCCUUCUGGUUUAGCAAUUGAUCAUGGCAUCCCCAUAUGCAACUCAAUCUCUUCUCCUGAUUCUGUUCAUCAUUCUAACAACCUUCCUUCACUUCAGUUUAUGCAUGGUGAAAAGGCUAAACAUGACAUGCAAUGAGAAAGAAAGGAAUGCACUCCUCAGCUUCAAGCAUGGACUCUCAGACCCUUCCAACAGGCUCUCAUCAUGGUCUAAUGAAAAGGACUGCUGCAGAUGGCUAGGAGUUCGCUGCGACAACAUCACCGGCCGAGUCGUGGGACUCAAUCUCAGCACCCCGCUCAACUCGCCUUACAUGGAGUUGAGUGGUGAGAUUAGUCCUUCCUUGCUUGAACUAGAAUCUUUGAUUAGCCUGGACUUGAGUCUGAACUAUUUUGUUCAUACUCAAAUACCAAGCUUCUUUGGCUCAAUGAAGGGACUAAGAUACUUGGACCUUAGCUUAAGUGGAUUCAUGGGACUAAUCCCUUAUCAGCUAGGAAAUCUUUCAAACUUGCAGCAUCUUAAUCUUGGAUACAACUAUGCUCUUCAAGUUGGUAACCUUAAUUGGAUUUCAACCCUUUCUUCAUUACAAUACCUUGAUUUGAGUAGUACAGACCUACAUAAAGAACUUGAUUGGAUUCAAGUUUUUGGUGCACUUCCUUCCCUUUCAGAAUUGCACUUGGAGAAUUGUCAAAUUGAUAACUUAUCACCAUCAAAAGGGAAAGCCAACUUCACAAAUCUCCAAGUGCUUGAUCUUUCAAACAACAAUCUCAAUCAAGGGAUACUUUCAUGGAUUUCUAAUCUCAGUAGAACUCUUGUGCAGAUCGAUUUGCGAAGUAAUUUUCUUCAGGGUGAAGUCCCUGAGAUGCUAUCAAGAAUUCAGAACUUGCAGAGUCUUGUCUUACAACGAAACCAACUCAGUGGGGAACUUCCAGAUUCAUUAGGCAAGCUUGAGCAUCUUGAAGUCUUGGAUCUCAGUAACAACACCAUCACAGGUCCUAUUCCAUCAUCAUUGGCAAAUUUAUCAUCCUUGAGGACGUUAAAUCUCGGUCACAACCAACUCAAUGGGACAAUUCCAAAGAGUUUUGGAUACUUGAAAAACCUUCAGGUAUUAAAUCUUGCUUCAAAUUCUUUGACAGGUGGUAUGCCUGAAAGUCUAGGAAUUCUCUCAAAUUUGGUGACAUUAGACCUUUCAUCAAAUUUGUUGGAAGGACCAAUGAAUGAAUUGAAUUUUCUAAAACUUUCCAAAUUAAAGGAACUUCGAAUGUCGUCAACAGAUCUAUUUUUCAGUGUCAAUUCUAGUUGGGUGACCCCUUUUCAACUUGAAUAUGCUUUGAUGAGUUCCUGUGGAGUAGGUCCUAAGUUUCCAACAUGGCUUAAGAGGCAAAGUUCUCUCAGGGUCUUGACAAUGUCCAAAUCAGGUAUCUCAGACAAGGCUCCAAUUUGGUUUUGGAAGUGGACUUUGCAGCUCGAAUUCCUGGAUCUCUCUAACAAUGAGAUAAGUGGAGAUCUAUCUAAUGUCUUCUUAAAUUCCAGCAUUAUAAAUUUGAGUUCUAAUCUAUUCAAGGGUCUAUUGCCAAGUGUGUCUGCAAAUGUUGAAGUGCUGAAUAUUGCCAACAACUCAAUCUCAGGACCAAUUUCUCCUUUCUUCUGUGAGAGGAUGAAUGGUAAUUAUACUAACAAGUUAGCCGUGCUCGAUGUUUCGAACAAUCGCUUAUCCGGUGAUCUUGGUCAAUGUUGGAUGAAUUGGCAAGCUUUAAUGCAUUUGAACUUAGGCACAAACAAAUUGUCUGGUGAAAUUCCAAACUCCAUAGGGUACUUAUCUGGACUAGAGUCUUUGUUGUUAGAUGACAAUGCCUUUUCCGGAUCAGUUCCUUCGACAAUGCAAAAUUGCUCAAUGUUGAAGUUCAUUGACAUGGGUGACAACCAACUUUCUGAUACAUUACCAGCAUGGAUAUGGGAAAUGCAAUCUCUAAUGGUUCUUCGCCUUCGAUCCAACAAGUUCAAAGGAAGCAUUACUCAGAACAUGUGCCAACUUUCCUCCCUCAUUGUGCUGGACCUUGCCAACAAUUCCCUCUCAGGAACAAUUCCAAAUUGUUUGGAUAGCUUGAAGGCAAUGGCUGGUGAAGAUGACUUCUAUGCCAACCCUUUGAAGUACUACUAUGGAUUUGAUUUCAACUAUGAUAAUUACAAAGAAAGUCUUGUUUUGGUUCCAAAAGGAGAUGAAUUAGAGUACAGAGACAACUUGAUCCUUGUGAGAAUGAUUGACCUCUCAAGUAACAAGCUAUCUGGGGCUAUUCCAACAGAACUUUCCAAGCUAUCUGCACUGCGGUUUCUGAACUUGUCUAGAAACUAUUUGUCUGGAGAGAUACCCAAAGACAUGGGUAAAAUGAAAUUGUUGGAGUCCCUUGAUCUCUCAUUGAACCAAAUUAUGGGUGAAAUCCCUCAAAGCUUGUCUGAUUUGUCCUUUCUCAGCUUCUUGAACCUAUCAUACAACAACUUAUCAGGUAUGAUCCCAACAAGCACUCAGCUUCAGAGCUUUGAGGCACUUAGCUACACAGGUAACCCUGAACUUUGUGGUCCUCCUUUGACAAGUAAUUGUUCGAGCGGCCAAGAGUUGUUGGGUGCUGGUUCUGUUGAACAUGAUGAUGGGAUUUUCUUUGAUACAUCUGACUUUUACAAAGCUAUGGGAGUCGGAUUUGCUGCAGGGUUUUGGGGGAUUUGCAGUGUUAUUUUCUUUAACAGAACUUUCAGGCAUGCUUAUUUUCGUGUUCUUAAUCACUUGGAUGAUCUUAUUUAUGUUUCCAUAGUCUUGAAGAUAAGAAGGUUGAUUGCUAAAUUAUAAGUUUACAUUCUAAGAAGUGUGUUAUCACAAGGUUGUCUUUAUUAAUAUAGUGAAAUGGUGUCAUUUCUGUUUUUAUUUACUUUCAUUUGUACUCAAAGUUCUUGGAUGUUUGGGAAACUGAGAAUGUACCUCUGCAGUUAAGAUUUUGCUUUAUGCUAAUUUCCUUAAGUAACUAAAGCUAAAA